CCGCAAUCAGAGGCGGUGAGGGGGAGUCGGCCUUUUCUCUUCACAUUUCGGCCUUUUAUGUCCCGGCAGCAGUGAGGGGAUGUGAAGGCGGCGCGGUCGGGGCGCCCUCGAGUUUAAAUAUUCGCCGACUAAGCGCGUUUUCAAUGAGGUAACCGAACGAAGCAAACAAAACGAAAAGAAAUAGGUAGACGAUGCUGUCGGAGCAGUCGCAGACAUGGUUUCCUACCCAUGUCCAAGUGACAGUCUUGCAAGCCCGGGAUCUCAACCCCAAGAGCAAAACCGGCACCAACGACACGUACACCAUCAUCCAGCUGGGCAAAGAGAAAUAUUCAACCUCGGUGGCGGAGAAAACCUUGUGCCCGAUAUGGAAAGAGGAGGUGUCCUUCGAGUUUCCUGGUCUACUGCUGCAGGGGACUCCAGAGAAAUACAUCCUCCACUUGAUUGUCAUGCACCGUUCCCUAGUCGGGCUGGAUAAAUUCCUGGGUCAGGUAGCCAUCUGCCUCAAUGAACUUUUUGAAAACAAAUCGAGGAGGCAAAAGGAGUGGUUCAAGUUGGAAUCUAAACCAGGAAAGAAGUCAAAGGAAAGAGGUGCAAUUCAGGUUUCCAUCCAGUUCAUGCGAAACAAUAUGACUGCAAGUAUGUUCGACCUUUCCAUGAAGGAUAAAACAAGGUCCCCUUUUGCGAAACUGAAAGACAAAAUGAAGGGAAGAAAAAAUGAUGCCACUUUUUCUGAUCAUUCAUCUGCAAUAAUUCCAAGUACAUCUGCUAAACCUGAUCAAGAAGCAUUGGAGACAGACUUAGAACUCAAAUCAAAGCCAAAAAGAGCCUUUCUCUUGGGACCACAGAGGUUAUCAUCUGCCCAGUCAAUGUCAGAUUUACCUGGUCCCCGUCCAUCGCUGGGGAAAAUCAAAUCUAAUACCAUAGGCCAUGUAGUCUACAAAUCUCCUACAGACUCUGUUCACUCCAGUGAAGAAAAAGGUAGUGACUCCCUGGCCAAAUCACCUCACCGAAGAUCACAAAGCAUGGAUACCUCCAAGGUGAACCAAUUUGAUCUAAUUUCUGUCACAAAGAAUGGGAGUGAUCCAGCAAAACCACCAGCUGAUCCAUUUUCAAAGCAAGGCUUAUAUAUAUCACAGAAGGCCGCCACACUUCCAAGAAGCAGAAAUCCUUUUGACAACAACAGCAGCUCCUGGCAGAUCAGAGACGCAAGUUUUGAAACCACCGCAAAUUAUAGACAUCCAGAAAUUAAACAAGAAACCAAGAGAGACAAAGAGAAGGAUAAAAUCAGCCUCUUUGCACGUGUGACUGGCAAGAAAGAUGUCAAAAAGUCUGAAAAGGCUAGCAACAUAAAGUCAGAUGGUAUUAGUGAUCCAAAUCCACUAAACCCAUUUUCAGGAAACUUUCACAGCAGUUGUGAAUUUGAUUCCAAAAAUCCAUUUGCCACAAAAUACAACACAAUGGAUAUGUCCAGUUUAACCAAACCCACAAAUUCUGAAGAUAUAAAGGCAAUAGUAUCCACUGACAGACAUAAAUAUCGAGAGAAUAAUCGUUCAAGUAAUGCAUUCAAACAACAUCAUUCUGAACACUAUGGAGAAAAAAGCAGAGAUCCCAAUCAACUUGCCAUUGGAUAUCGUAAUUUAUCAUAUGAUGAGCUGAUCUAUGAACUUGUGAAGCAAAAAGAACUUGUUAAGAGAAAGGAUGGUCAAAUCAGAGAGCUUGAGGACUACAUUGAUAACCUCCUAGUGCGAGUAAUGGAGGAAACUCCCAGCAUUCUUAGAGUGCCAUACGAACCAUCUAGAAAAGCUGGGAAACUUUCAAAAAACAAUUGACCUAAUUAACAUCAGAAUUGACAAAAUAUACUUAAUGCCUGUGACAAAAUGCAAUGGCAACUCUCAUGACCUUUUAUAGACCGUGAAUUGGCAAAGAAGUUUACAGAAUGGUAUUUGCUCAUUCCAUAGCGGCUAUUAAAUAAUGGUUGCCAAGCAAAGUAGAAACGAUAUUUCUUCUUUUCUCUCUCUCAACAAUGAACAAAUUAAAAUUUCAGUUUGUUUUAAACAAAAUGUAAUUCAUAUCUUGUAUAGAUUAGCACAUACAGUGACCUCACUAGUAGGUUGACCUGAGGAAUCCCUCCUGAAUGACACUCACCUGUUGACAUUGCUUACUGUAUUUAUUUUUAUAUUAUCUUUCUGGAUAGUAUGUAGCAACAAUAGAAUGAAAUAGCAACUCUAAAGUAAAUAUAGCUUUGCAGUAGUUUUUCAUCUAAUUAGUUCUGGUACUGUUGCAUACCUUUUGGGAAGGGUCCAAUAUUUAUUUGGGGAGUUUUCACAGUAAACUUGGUGUUGCAAUUUCUAUUAUAUGCUGGAAGCCAUUAAUACACUUGAAUAUAUGGAAACAAAAUAUCAGUAUACUCUGUGAUGCCAAAAUUGAUCACCUUAUACUUGCCUAUAACUUGAUUAUCUGUUGUAUUUGUGUACUUUGGGGAAAGGUCUGACAUAUUUUAAUGAGGAGAUGUUCACACAAUAAAUUUAGUGUUGUGCUUUCUAUAAUAUUGCAGCAGGCAUUCAUACACUUUAGUUGAAUACAUUUGAAUGCAAUGUCUCUAAUGUUCUGCGAUGCCAAAACCAAUCACUUAAUUCUUGCCUAUUACUUGAUUGCCUUUUAUAUUUCGAUCUUCCAGUACUUCCAAAACACUGGACUCUUUAUUCUUGAGAGCUCAGUCAACAACUGUAUUACCACAAAAUGUUUGAUUUAAUUACAAUUACAAUACACUAGAAAAAUGAUGUUUCCCAUUCUCAUUUUAUCUGUAUUUCUUGAGGAAAGGGUGGGAAAUUUUAGGCAGAAAUCAAAUGGACAACUUUUUAAUGGAACAAACUGAUUGGAACACUUAUUUACAUACGUAAAAAUGUUAGUUAUGUCAUGUGAGACAGCAGUUUUACUGGCAUUUUUGCAUUUAAGAGAAGUUGGGUAAAUGUUGUUUCACCUGUGGCACCAUAACUUAAAAAUUAGAAACUCAGAAUGUGUGACCACACCUUACUCCCUACCCAAAUCACACCUGUUUCAUACCGAAUUGGGUUCAGUGUAGUAUAACUCAAACCUGAGAUAUUUUGUAUUUUUUUUGAAAUGUGCUGAGAUUUCAUAGGGAGAACCAGCUUCAGUGGUGAAUUCUUCAUACAGUCUUAAAACAAACUGUCAAAUUCUGUGUCAAUUUUAAAAAGCAACUGAUCUGAAGAAUGAUAGUUCUUUCAAAUUUUAUAUUAAGUUAUAUACAUUUUUGUAAAGACAUUUUUUGGUAGUUGUUCAGAAUAAAAGUUGUGCAUUUUAUGCCAAACUAUACCUAAAGUUUCUUGUGCAUUUUAAAUAGAAUCAUAACAAUGUUACUGACUAGCCUUCAAGCAACAGUUGAUCAUUGUAUUCAUUGAGUCAUAAUCCAAACAUAUUUAUCUUUACACUCAGUUGACUGUCUCAUUUGAAAUUUAUACGUAACACAUUAUCUAAUGCUACAUUUUAAUAGACACAAUCCGUGGUUGGGACUUAACUGUCACUUACCCCUCUGAGCAUCUUAAAGUACAGCAUACUGCAGAUAGCCGUUUCUUGUGUUUGUCCAGAAUCACUUGUAAACUGUAUUGAAAUCAAAGUUUAAGCUAAUGGUGAAACCAAUCUUAGUCAUUCAAAGUUCACUUCAUGGCUGCAAUAAAACAAAACAGACCUCAACCGAUUGCUGGGUAAAGCUGCUUGACUUGAAGCCUUGACACACACAUUUUAAAAUAUUUAAAUGGCUUAAGUGCCCAUAGAGUCUAUUUAAAUACUGUAUGCCAGUACUGCUUUUGCACAUCUGAAAAUUAAAAUUGUAACAAAACGUUUAAGUUACUUAAUUUUAUGCUUUUGGUGUUCUUUUAAUGUUUCACAUUAAAAAUGCCGGCUUUUUGUAAAUGUAUUAUUUAUUUAUUUUUUUCCCCAGACUUGAAGGUACUUGCUGUAUAACUUUGAACUAUUUAGAGAUAUAAACUCAACCAAAUUCUUAAUGCACAGACCUUUUUUUGUAUUGGCUGAAAAAAUAAAUGUACUGAACCUUUGAAGUACGGUUCUGUAGCUGUAAUUAACUGGUACAAACAGUCAUCCAUGCUGAUUUAGGAUGCACUUUUAAGAAGAAUAAUGCUUGAGU